UUCGCAAAGCCAAAGGGCAAAGGAAACCCUUCCCCUGUAAACAAGGACGUUAAAUAACUGUCAUUGUCUGUUUCAGUCAUUGAGGCCCUGUGUCCUUUGGCUCUCUUCUAUGACUCUAUUCUGUGUGGUAAGAUGAAGCUUCCGUUGAGUAGAAGGUUCUGCUGAAGGACUGUCAGGACAGCUGUCGCCUGUGUAAUGUCUUUAGAUCGGACCUGACCUAGGUGUAAUAAACUGUCCUCAUCUUCUGGAGAUGACUGCCCAUGUAUCCAAAGUGCGUUCCCUGUACAAGAGGAUCCUCCUGCUGCACCGCUUCCUUCCCAUCGACCUGCGGGCGCUGGGAGACCAGUACGUCAAGGAGGAGUUCAGGAGGCACAAGAGCGCUUCUCCGAAGGAAGUGUCUGCCUUCAUGGUCGAGUGGGAGAACUACAAGGCCACCCUCCAGACCCAGGUCCUGGACGCGUCGGGCCGCGUUGCCCCCAGGAGCCAGCUGGGCACCGCUCUGCCAGAGGCCAUGUUCCAGGACUUCCAGAACGAGCAGAUCGGCCAGCUGUACGAGCUCAUGUUGGAGUCCACCAAACCCAACCGGCAGUUUGACAUCCAAGAGUAGAGAGAGGCAGCCCCCCGCCGCCCUGUCUCUGCCGUAGGCCUCUGACACGGAGCUAAGCCCAACAGAGGUGGUGCGUGCUCUGUACCAGAGUGUUCCCCGAGAACCAACACCCAGGCUUUCAAAAUGUGGUUAUUAUAAUAAUAAAAGUACUGUGCAAUA